AUGAAAACUGAAACUUUUCAGUGCAUUACUAUACUCUCAUCUCAAGCCGUCAAAAUAUCUGGUGCUCGACAACAAUCCAAAAGAGCGCUGAGGCCGCUAGCGACGCUAUCAUAUUCCAGCGAUGCUAUCAAUUAUUCAACUAUAGUGUCUACAAUAGAAUUCGAUAAAGAUGAAGAGUUUUUCGCGAUCGCCGGCGUAACAAAGCGCAUCAAAGUAUUCGAAUACGAGGCGGUUGUUCGCGACGCUGUCGACGUCCACUACCCUUGCGCGGAGAUGCAGUGCGCGCACAAGAUCAGCUGCGUGUCGUGGAACGCGUACCACAAGGUAGUGUAG